UUGCGUAAGCGCGCCCGAGAGAGAGAGAGAGAGAGAGAGAGAGAGAGAGGGCUCUGGGUGUCUACUUGGGUAAGAAGUUACUUCUAAUUAGCCAGCCUAUUCUUGCUCGCCUCACUUGUUCACUCUGCAGAUCCAGAUCCUCUCCUCAGGGACCAGGCACCGUCAGGGGCCCCUACACUUUUCAGCACCCAUCAGUCCGCAGACGGCCGAACUGCUGUGGAACUGCUGCUUUUGGUAUCUUUCACCUGGCGACGUCGGUGCGCACAGCAAUUACGCACGACUUGGACGAAGAAACUGCAUCAUAGCAGGGGUCUUGUUUAGUUAGCCAUUGUCAUUUUUUAAUGAGGUGUGUUCAUUUAUAGUCUUGGGUUGAUUUUAGUUGCUGUUGUCCUUCCUAUCUGGAUAGAGGAACCAUAAAAUAUACACCUUGUCCCUAAAUCAACGUUUUUACGCGUAAGGUUCCAACAGGCGUAAAGACACAGCGCCGUUACUUGCGCAGUUAGAACACAGGUGCCUGGUUCGACGGAACUGAGUCAGAGCAGCAUACAAAGGUAGUAAAGGAGAAGGCCAGCAAGGAAAAAUCAAAAACGACAACUAAGUGACAAACAACUCAGGGUAAAAGAAAAAACAGAGAGGGAGGGAGUGACAGAAAAAAACACGAGAGAGAGAGGGAGGGAGAGAGAGAAAGAGAGAGAGAGAGACACCCCCUGGAGACUAGCUAGGAGACCCAGCCCCCGGUCUGAGAGAAGGAGAGAGAGAGUGAGGGAGUGAGGGAGUGUUUUAAAGCCAGCAGGAGGCAUGAUGUCCUACAUUAAGCAACCCCAUUACGCCGUGAACGGGUUAACGCUGUCCGGCCCGGGCAUGGAUCUGCUCCACUCCGCCGUUGGAUACCCCAACACCCCGCGUAAACAGCGUCGGGAGCGCACCACCUUCACACGCGCACAGCUGGACAUCCUGGAGGCCCUGUUUGCCAAAACCCGCUACCCAGACAUCUUCAUGAGGGAGGAGGUGGCCCUCAAGAUCAACCUGCCCGAGUCCCGAGUCCAGGUCUGGUUCAAGAACCGUCGUGCCAAGUGCCGCCAGCAGCAGCAGCAGAGCACAGGCCAGUCCAAACCACGGCCUCCUAAAAAGAAGGCUUCCCCUGCUCGUGACGCCAACACUGAGGCCAGUGCCAACCCCACCAAUGGACCCUACAGCCCUCCACCCCCUCCUCCAGGCACCGCCAUCACUCCCAGCGCCAGCUCUGCUAGUGCCACAGUGUCCAUCUGGAGCCCAGCCUCCAUCUCCCCGCUGCCAGACCCCCUGUCUGCCUCCACCACCCCCUGCAUGCAGCGCACCACCGCCUACCCCAUGACCUACACCCAGGCCCCAGCCUACAGCCAGAGCUACGCAGGCUCCUCCUCCUACUUCACUGGCCUGGACUGUAGCUCCUACCUGUCCCCCAUGCACCCGCAGCUGUCGGGCACCGGAGGCGCCCUGAGCCCCAUCACAGCCUCCUCGAUGGGUGGGCCCCUCAGCCAGUCCCCCGUCUCGCUGUCCUCCCAGGGCUACACAGCCACCUCGCUGGGCUUUGGAGCUGUCGACUGUCUAGACUACAAGGACCAAGCUGCCUGGAAGCUCAAUUUCAAUGCCACUGACUGUCUGGACUACAAAGACCAGAACUCCUGGAAGUUCCAGGUCUUGUAAAUAACAAGAAGUGGGGGUUGGGGAGGGAAGGGGAUAGAGGAAGAAGUGAGAAAUCGAGCAAAAUCUAAGUAGGGUGAAUAACCUAAGAUUACUUUUGGUGUGUUUUAGAAGAAGGAAGAGACCUUGGGAAAUAAUAAUCAAUUAAUCAUAUCAGUUGAACUAACCAGCUGAAAUAAUGUCUUCAUUUUUGCUGUUUCAGAAUGUGUGGAAGUAAACUGAUCUGUUGAUGCUUGGUUUGGUGAUUGUAAAAAAGAGAUGACAGUAGUGUUUCUAAGUUAAGCAUAGAAAUCAGCCUUGAAAUCAAAGAAUGGCUGUGUACAAGGAAAACAGGAUUACGAAAUUUGUACAAUAAAAUCAAAUUAGUGAGAAAGAACAACAGCUUUAAUUCUCCAGCUCAGUGGAUUAGAGGGUCGAUAUUGUUGUGAUUUAAAUACAGUAUAACUAUAAUACUGAUGACAAGAGAAUUUAAAGUGAACAUGCAUAAACAAAGGAGGCCACUUCUCACACGCUGAAUGCAUCCUUUUGAUUCAUGACUCAGUAAUUUUGGUUUAUAGAGUCAAAUGUCUAAUUUGUUUGAUAGAGCUGAAUUCAGAAACUGUUUGACUGGCCUUGGACCACAUUUGAAGUAGAGCUUAUUUUUUUGUCAAUUGCCGCAGCACAACAACAGUUUCAGUGUCCUACAAGUUUACUGCAUAGACAGCCUUCAAAUCGUUAAAGCACAAGAAGUGACGACAGCCCAAGCUCAUGUUUAUUUCUUCCUUUUAGACUUUGUCUUGUAUUUUCUGUGGUGUAUUUUUUUUUUUUACAAAGCUGCUUUUCAUCAGCGAGCUGACUCAAAAAGCUUUGAGCCAAACAACUCAGCUAACCCAGUCUGACAUCUUAAAGAGGUGUCUUUACAGGGUGGCCACUAAUUUAAUACCAUGUGAAACAUGGUAUUAAAUUAGAAGCUGAUGAUUCCCAGUAGCCUUGUAUGAUACUGACCCUCUGCAGCCUGUGUGUGAUACAAGCGGAGGGGGUAGAGUUGGUCACUGAAGUGACUGCAGUACAAACCUGUUGCCUUUGAGCAUGGUUGAAAUCAUUAGCAGAAUGGCUCGUACAUUGUUAGUUUAAUAGGAUCACUUCCAGACAAUCUGGGCAACAAUGGUCUCAUUGUGGCUAUUGGCAGCCAAGUACUUUUCCCCCCACUCCAUCUCACAGUGUUUGCAUGAGGUUAGCGGACUGUUGAAGCAGUUUUUGAAUCUACAAAUGAUUUUAUUGUAAACCUUUUUACUGAUAAACUGCUACAGUGAGGUAUUUGAUGGGAGAGAAGACUGCACCAGAGAAAGGGAAGGGACUGGGCCGCCAUGCAGCCCCCCCCUCCCCUUUGCACAGAGAGUUUGGUGCCUCUCUCAACUCCAACCUGUAAAGAUGUGAUGGGUACCACUUUAUGUGUUUGAUGUAUCGUUUGAUUUUUUUUUUUGUAUUAGACUUAAACAAUAUUAUGUUUCUUUAAAAAUUUGUGAAUUCGUUUAAGUAAAAAUUGUGGUAAUUUGUUUUGAAGUUGAUAUUAUUAUCAGUAUUAUUACUAUCAUCAUUAAUAGUAUGUCUUCAGCUGACAUGGACAUUGCUAAUAUGCUUUUUUGUUGUUCUUUUGUAAAUAUUAAAACUUGAAAAUGCAAUCAUGUCUGGUAUCGGCAAUGAGUUGUUACGCAGGCGCUCCACCCAACAGAAUCUCUCUCUUUCUUAAUUUCUAGAAAACUGCCAACUUUUUAUUUUUUCUGUUUAUAUUUUUCUGGUUUCUGCUUCUUCUUCUUUUUUUCAAACUCAGGGGUUUAUCCAAUAAAAGUAGCAGUAAUAGGAUAAAAUGCUGUUUAUGCUUCUUAAUCAUUUACUGUACUUUUAUCUUUUGCAUUACUAUAAUCUUCUCUGCUUAUUUUUCUGACAUGAAUUAUUUUGUAUAUUUCAUUUGUCUCCUGUGUUCGACCAGUCUCACCACUUCCAUGCUAGAUAGCUAUGAUGUUUCUGAGACAUUAAACGACUUCAUUAAAACUC